GGGGGGGGUUUGAGGCUGUGUAAUGGCUGCCAGAGAAAGCGAAGGAAGAAACAAAUGAAUUUGGGAUAGACUCGACGGAGACAGAUGGUGGUGGUGGACCUUACUGGUGACAGACUGGCCAUAACGAAGCCGAACGUCGCGGCUGGCUGGUUGCUUCCUCAAAGCGGCAGCCAAAGACAGCUGAGGACGAGGAUGGUGAGCAGCCAACCUAAGUACGAGCUGAUCCAGGAGGUGGGGCGGGGCAGCUACGGUGUGGUGUACGAGGCGUCGGUGCGGCGGACGGGGGUCCGCGUGGCCGUUAAGAAGAUCCGCUGCCACUCGCCGGAGAACGUGGAGCUAGCGCUGCGCGAGUUCUGGGCACUCAGCAGCAUCCAGAGCCAGCACCCCAACGUCAUCCACCUGAAGGAGUGUGUGCUGCAGCGAGAUGCCCUGGCCCAGAGAAUGAGUCAUGGCUCUGGCUCCUCUCUCUACCUGGAGCUGGUGGAGACGUCGCUGAAGGGAGAGAUUGCAUUCGACGCACGCAGUGCCUACUACCUGUGGUUCGUCAUGGACUUCUGUGACGGCGGCGACAUGAACGCCUACCUGCUGUCGCGCAAGCCCAGCCGCAAGACCAACACCAGUUUCAUGCUGCAGCUGGGCAGCGCGCUGGCCUUCCUGCACCGCAACCAGAUCAUCCACCGCGACCUGAAGCCCGACAACAUCCUCAUCUCACAGGGGCGCACGGCGGCCGGCUCGCCCGAGCCCACGCUCAAGGUGGCCGACUUCGGCCUCAGCAAGGUGUGCUCGGCCUCAGGGCUCAACCCCGAGGAGCCGGCCAGUGUCAACAAGUGCUUCCUGUCCACGGCCUGCGGCACGGACUUCUACAUGGCGCCCGAGGUGUGGGAAGGCCACUACACGGCCAAGGCGGACAUCUUCGCACUGGGCGUGAUCAUCUGGGCCAUGGUGGAGCGCAUCACCUUCGUGGACGUGGGCACGCAGAAAGAGCUGCUGGGCAGCUACGUGCAGCACGGCGAGGAGAUCGUACCUCUGGGCGAGGGCCUGCUGGAGAACCCCAAGAUGGAGCUCCACAUCCCAGCGCGGAAGAAGAGCAUGAAUCCCGGCAUGAAGCAGCUGAUCCGCGAGAUGCUGUCGGCCAACCCGCAGGAGCGGCCCGACGCCUUCGAGCUGGAGCUCCGGCUGGUGCGCAUUGCCUGUAGGGAGCUGGACUGGGACACGUGAGGCGGGCCGCCGCCAACAGCAGACAGGUUUUUCCCCCUUUUAUCUUUUUUUUUUUCCUCACGCCACCAAGCAAAAAAGGACACCUCCCCCCUCCCACACACACCUAAGGCAUUGUUAUACAAAUGCGACUGUGUAUUUUUGAGGAGUAAUUUGUACACACACAUAUAUAUAUAAAAAUAUGGUUGUCCACAAGCACAUAAGGAUCAGGAGGUGUGUGGGUCCUUACCGGGUGAGGUUAGCUCAACACCAUGCCACGUGUCUCUGAAUUAAAGCAGUCUUUGUCUGAGGUCUAACCCCCCCCCCCUCCCACCAGCUAAUCUCAGAGGCACUGAGCGCGGCGAUUUAAUUGGCCACAUCAAACGGCACUCGGCAAAACAAGGCCCUGACAGCUUUUCCCCUGAUACUGCCCGCUUCUCUGGGGAACGCUGCUUUUGUCCGCUCCAACAGCCUGAGGCAGCUCAUCAGCGUCUGCCUGCCUCACUCUUGGUGCUAAUUGAACUUGUGAUGCAGUGCAUAUCCAGGCACAGGGACAGACCCUGAAUGCUCCUCAUCUGGGUUUUUAUUGUAGUUUUUUUUAAUUUUUUUUUACCAUGAUUGUAAUGGUAAAAUUCAAAUUGUCUCCUGGAGGAUCAGUGUGGGUUUUUUUUUUUGCUGUUUUUUUCUUUUACUCUGCACUACUCUUGUGAACCUCAGGCUGGUACUUACGUGUCCAGAUUUUACAGUAUCUUACCAAGUACCACCUUUUCUCCAGAAACCCCACAGGACGGUUGAAUGAAAAGUUCGCUUUUAGCUUUGCAGGAAGAGGAAAUGUACAUUUGCAGUUGCAGACCAGACUGCUCCAGAUACAACCUGAUUCUUAUCUUCCGAAGCGAAGAACAACACUCGAUCAGUAAAAGGAAGAGUAGAUCAUGAGUGUGCAGUAGCCUCCAUACUUAAAGCAGACAGCUGAUGGUCAGGCUGGGGCCAGCUGCUCAGCUACACCAUUACCUCUCCUGGAUCCUGUUUGCAGAGCUACUCAGCCUGGCACCUAGCCCACUGAUCAACACUGGCAGUCUGAGGAAUGUGUUUGUGGGUGUAGACCACGUGAGCGAGACCAAGACUGCACGUCUGUCUGUGUCCGUCUGUGUAUCGCUGUGUGUGCGUGGGUGUGUGAUGAAGGUGACAGGGAUGCCUUGUGUUGGACCAGCAGGUGUGUGGUUGUGCGAUCCCUCUCUCUGGCUCCUUCCCAGCUCUCUGAAAUCGGCUGAGCUCACGUGUGAUCGCUGGCCGAGAAACAGCCCACAGUUGGAAAGGUAUAUACUGACUUUCAGAAUUAACCAGAUUACAGAAUUGGGGUAUCUCUUUCCACUCUGGAAUGUGUUCAAGAUGUCUCAUGAAUAAAGUUGUAUUAAAAAAAAAAAAAAAAAAAAAAAGGCAAUGUGCUGCUUAUUCAGAAAGUAGAAAAUCCUUCAGCUGCUGCCUAAAGAGGAACUGAUCUGCUGCACAUCCUGCUUCAUUUAAUCUUAAUAUCACUAUGACUUGAAUAUACAAACUUGAAGGCCAGUCUAGGAUGGCGGUGCAUCAUUUAGCUGGACUGUGCCAAUGGCCCUUGGCGAUAGUUGACGGCACUCAUUGCCCCUCCACUCCCAAACUGUCCAUGUUUGUUCAGCACUUUAAAGUCUCAGAUAUCCACCCCCAACCCCUGAUGUGUCCUGCCUACAGAAUUGUGAUGCAUGCGCCCUGUCCUGCCUUCAGGGAACAACUGUGCGGGAGACAGCAACACCAGCACCCGCACGUAUACACUCUCAAAGUGUGCAUCGUAUGUCUAUACAGCCAAUAUGCCUCUGUGAGCCAGGGGACUGUGUUGUGUGUGUGUGUGUGUGUGUGUGUGUGUGUGUGGUGGUUUUUUUUUUUGGUUUUUUUUUUCUUUUUUCUUUUUUUUUUCCUUCACACCUCACUGAGGUGAAUUUGAUCUCCUCUCACUGUGUCCUUUCGCGUGGAUUCUUUGGGUGCUGAAUAUGACCAGUAAUCCCCUGUCCUUCGACAUGCUCCAGACAGAUGACCUCCUAAGCCUGUUAAGUUGUCAACACUUUAGGGAGCGUGCAUACCAUGCAGGUCAGCGUUUUGUAUCAUACUAACUGAGACGACAGCUGUGCGAGAUGACGGGGUCUCAUCGGCAAUAAAUCUGGUCCCUAUUCCCUUUUAAACAUGGUGCAUAUAUUCUGAAGAACUAAGUGAGAAAUUUAAUAUUUUAUGCUUUGUGGAACAAUUGUUCAGGGUCCUUUCUAGUGGUGUACAUUUCCUGAACCGGCAAGCAUUCAAUCCAGGGGGAAAAACACAAUUUUAUUUUAUUCUCUUUAUUUCUUUUUCAGAGGAAUCUAUCCAUAAAAGUGCUGUGAGAAUUUUUUAAUACACAUUACUGCAAGCGCAAUGGCUAACUGGAUUAUCAUCCCAAGGCUCCCACUGAUUCUGCACCACCAGAACAUUCUUUAAUCUGCCUUUUCUUUGAAAUACCAUAAUUUAUGCAUUAUUUUAAAAAUACCGCUGCCCUGUAAGAAGAUCGGUGUGACAAAAUGAAUUCUGAACAACGGCCUCAGUUCUUUUCUAAGGAAGAAUUUUUUGUCUUGAAGCAGACAGCUUUUAUAGAACUUGUGAUGCCUUCAUUUGAUAGCGUUCUAAUUAAUCAGUGUUACGGCGCAGUCUCCCCUCAAAUGGCUAAAGUACCUGACAGCUGUUGUGAACAGCUCUGUUGAGAAGGCCACCCUCACCCUCUAAGAGGUUGGCAGAGGGUGAAGUGUGAAAUGUUUCCUAGGUUCUGCGUUAUGACUACAAUCAGCCCUAGUUGAGCAUUUGUCGUUUUUUUUUUUGCUCAAAAUGUAGGCGGUUCUUCCCAAUCGUGUAAAUCCAGUACUUUAAAAGUGACAGCAGGGUGGUGAAAUAGUUCAGACAUUUGUGAAAUCUUAUUUUACAGAGGCUGAACAAUUUCCUUCCCAGCCAGUGUUUGUAAUGAUACUCCUCUGAAUGCCCCUGACUCUGGAUGCCUGCCCGCCCAAAUAUAUUAGGCCUUAAUCAGAAGACAUUGUUCAUUGCGCUUCAUUUGCUUCCUCCGAAGAUUUCUUUGCACAUGUUGUACAUACUGUAUAUGAACAGUGCACACGGAGCCAGAUGUGCAAUUGUGUCUGAUUAUUGAAACGUGGUGUUUUAUGAAUGGCGAGAGGCAGUACUGAGUGUGUAUUGUAAAAAAAAAAAAUAAUUCAUUACCCAUACAGGGUGCAGCGGCUGUCUCGAAUUCGUUUCAGUUGUGAUAUAUGUAUGAUGACACGAUUACACAGCUUCUGUGUAUGCUUAGAUAUUUAAGCAGAUUUGUUAGCCAAGUUUCUUUGGGCCUAUUUGUGUGAUUUAUAUUUUUUAGAAAAAAAUGUAGAAUGGGGAACACAGGUGUUGUUGUUUUUUUUUUGUUUUGUUUUUUUAAAGGAAAGCCAGCUACCUCCACAGCAUUUAAAGUGUAGUUCCACUCCCCAGGUUGAGCCUAAAACUGGAUUAAUAACCAUUUAGGAUGGAGUAGGUCCAUUAAAAGCUGCCUUUUCUGAUCAACAUGAGGGGGUUUAACUGGGUGUGGGACACUGAUCCACUGAGUCCUUAGCAUUACGACUGAACCACUGUAAUAGUUGUCAGGAAAAGCACCAUCACAGCUGUGUAAGAGGUUUGCUGCGUUCAUACCUUUUUUGCAUUUGCAUCUGCCACUAAGUAGACAUGAAAACAAAAGAGUAGAAAAGGAAGGGGGCUAAACGCUGGUGCUGACAAGCCACAGCACUGCAUGCCCCUAGUUUCUCACACAGCCAGCUCAUAAGAACUCCUAAGAAGCAGGACAUUGGCUCAUGCGUUGAAUCGAGUAUGUUACAACACGGAAACCUCUAAACUGUGAAGUUCUAUGGUGCUCCAGGACUUCAGAGCUCUCGACUAAAAGAACUUUGUUUCUAAGACCCGUGUCCUUGCGCUAUGGAAAGAGGGUAGACUUGUGAAAUGUAUGUCUGAGGUAGUGAGAUCAGUGGGUUUAAGGUUUGACGGGCUGCUUGUACAGGAUACAACCCACUCCAGGCAAUGUGCCCUGCUCAUAGAAACAGCCCUAACCCACCUCGCGUCAUUUCUGACAGCAACGUAAGGAAACAUAUCAAACUGGUGUUGUGACUUUUUUUAACUAACAAUUUUCUUUUGUUGUACAGUAUUUUGAUGAGAUUAACUGCAAUUUACAAUAAGAUGUAAAUGAAUGUGUAAUUUAUUGUUGGGAUUGGCUUUAUAAAUAAACAUUGGACUUGCA